AUGUCGUGCAAGAGAAGCAGAGAAGAGCUGGAUGCGGAGAAGCCUGCAGAGCGGUCUGUGGUGGCCACUUUUCCGAAGCGCUUUGAAGGCCAACGUGUCUUGGUGACGGGAGGCUCCAUGGGAAUUGGCGCAAGCAUUGCGCGUGCUUUUGCGGAGGAAGCUGCCCAAGUGGUCGUCGCGGAUUUAGUGGAGCCCGAGAACCUCUCGUGCACGUUUUUCAAGUGUGAUUGUGCAGUACCUGAGCAGUUCGAGCGGUGUUGCAAGGAGGCUGGUCCAGUGGAUAUUUUAAUCAACAAUGUGUGCGUUCAGCUGGAGGCACCCUGUCAUGAACACAGUCUCGAGGAUUGGAAUAAGACUCUCUCCAUUGGCCUCACAUCCUAUUUCUUGUUCUCUAAGUAUGUGCUGCCACACAUGAUGCAGUCCAAGAAGGGCGUGAUCAUCAACAUUGCAUCCGUGCAGGGCAGCCAAUCACAACCGCGAAUACCGGCUUAUGCAGCAGUCAAGGGAGGUGUGUUAUCCCUUACACGACAACUGGCCGUGGAGUAUGCAGCCAUGGGGAUACGAGUUAACUCCGUAAGUCCAGGGACGAUUGCGACGCCGCUGGUUGAGUCUCUCUUGAACCGGCGAAGCUCUACUGCUGAAGAAGCUGGCACUGUUUAUCCUAUGAAGCGUAUUGGGAAGCCUUCGGAAAUCGCGAGGGUGGUCCUGUUCCUGGCUUCUGAGGAAGCCAGCUUCAUUACGGCAGAGGAUAUCACAGUGGAUGGUGGCAUUACGAGCCUGGGCGGAUGGGCCAAAGUUGCCUAG